CAUCUGGAGUGGAUGCUUAUGACAGUGACAUGUACACCAGAUAAUAAAGAAGAAAGGUUUCAGAAGAUUUUACAAUCUUAAAUCCAAGGCUAAUUCUGGAAAUAGCCAUAUGAAUAAUUUAAAACAAAAGGAUGGGUAGCUGACUUGAAGUAACUCUAUGUCAAAUAGCCACAGGUCAGGUACCUUCAAGGAACUUGGAUAUUAUUUCAAAGGAUUCAAAAUAAAAAAACAAACUGGAAAGAGUGAAGAUUCCAGAGAGAAAACUAACACCUUCCUGUGCAGUCCUGUUGGAAUUUGGGCUUGCCAUGAGGUGUUGAAACCUUGUUUCACUGAGUCGGAGAGACUGGACCUAAAUGGCGCAGCAUGACUUUGCUCCAGCCUGGCUUAAUUUUCCUACUCCACCAUCAUCAACAAAGUCAUCACUGAAUUUUGAAAAACAUUCUGAAAACUUCCAGUGGGCAGAGAAUCGUUAUGAUGUAAAUCGUAGACGUCACAAUUCUUCAGAUGGCUUUGAUUCUGGUAUUGGACGUUCUAAUGGAGGAAACUUUGGAAGGAAAGAAAAAAAUGGAUGGCGUUCACAUGGAAGAAAUGGUACUGAAAACAUAAAUCAUCGAGGGGGAUACCAUGGUGGAAGUUCCCGUUCUCGUAGCAGUGCUUUCCACUCUGGAAAAAGCCAAGGACUGCAUGAAAACAAUGUCCCUGACAAUGAAACUGGGAAAAAAGAAGACAAGGAAGAACGCAAACAAUUUGAGGCUGAGGAUUUUCCAUCUUUAAAUCCUGAAUAUGAGAGAGAGCCAAAUCAGAAUAAAUCUUUAGCUGCAGGUGUAUGGGAAUAUCCUCUGAAUCCUAAAUCUAGAGCUCCAAGAAUGCUGGUCAUUAAAAAAGGCAGUACAAAAGAUUUACAGAUAUCUGGAUUCCCUGCAGUAGGAAAUCUUCAUUCUCAGCCAGUUAAAAAUGGAACUGGUCCAAGUGUUUAUAAAGGAUUAGUCCCUAAACCUGCUGCUCCACCUACAAAGCCUACACAAUGGAAAAGCCAAACUAAAGAAAAUAAAGUUGGAACUCCCUACCCUCAUGAGUCUACUUAUAGCAUUGGCAACUUUAAUGCCUUCAAAUCAACUGCCAAGAAUUUUAGUGUAUCAACAAAUUCAGUUAAGGAGUGUAAUCGCUCAAAUUCCUCUUCUCCUGUGGACAAACUUAAUCAGCCUCGUCUAACCAAACUGACCCGGAUGCGCACUGAUAAGAAGAGUGAAUUCUUAAAAGCAUUGAAAAGGGACAGAGUGGAGGAGGAACAUGAAGAUGGAAGUCACAUGGGGCCAGAGAAGGAUGAUGACUCAUUUAAUUUGCAUAAUAGCAACAACACUCACCAUGAAAGGGACAUAAACAGAAAUUUUGAUGAAAAUGAAAUUUCGCAAGAGAAUGGCAAUGCCUCUAUGAUUUCCCAACAGAUCAUUCGGUCUUCUACCUUUCCACAAGCUGAUGUCCUUUCAAGUUCACUUGAGGCCGAGCAUAGGUUAUUAAAGGAGAUGGGUUGGCAGGAAGACAGUGAAAAUGAUGAAACAUGUGCUCCCUUAACAGAGGAUGAGAUGAGGGAAUUCCAAGUUAUUAGUGAACAGUUACAGAAGAAUGGUCUUAGAAAAAAUGGUAUUUUGAAAAAUGGCCUAAUCUGUGACUUCAAGUUUGGACCCUGGAAAAACAGCACUUUCAAACCCACUUUUGAGAAUGAUGACACAGAGACAAGCAGCAGUGACACAUCAGAUGAUGAUGAUGUGUGAAGGAUUCUCUUAACAGCUUUAGAAGUUUUAGUGUGAUACAUCUCAUACAGUUUGGGGUGAAUUGUAAAAAUGAAGAACUAUAAUUUAUGUAGUAAAAUACCCCAUUAGAAGAAAAUAUUGGGGGGACUUCUUUAUGAAGAAAACCAAGAAUGUUGUGUUGGGCUGUGUUGAACAUUACUAUAAUUUCUUUGUAAAUGAAUGUUGUAGAAAUGAGGACUUUGGUUGAUCCAACAUUGACUUUCUUCAUCACUGCAGCGUUUCUCUGACUAGCAAUGUGACGAUGUAACAAAUGAGAUUGUUUCUCAUUUAAUAAAAAAAAAUGUGUAAUGUUUUGCAAAGCUUCUGUCUUAAAAUGUCCAGGUCUUUAAAGAAAAAGGGCAACUUAACACUGUUUCGUUUGCAGACUCAUUUCUUUCUUACAAUGGAAAUCCUCAAGUCCACUUUGUACGCGAAAACAAAACAAAAACAAAAAUGGGGCAAUGUAGCAUGUUGGCUAAAACUGGAGCAAAGUGCACUAAAACUUUUAAUUUCCUGAACUGAGCUGUUGUAGUGUUCACUUUUUGAAACAUGAUUGCUCUUUAACUGUUUGUAGUGCAGUAAAUGUUACAGAAAAGACUCACCACACUUCUUCCACAUUUAUAGAAAUGAUCUAAAAUCUAGAGCUUUAUUUGGGUGUGCUGCAAAACCCAAGAUUUUCGGUGGACAAUAAGGAAGAAUCUUGUGGGAUUAAAAAAUACAUAUUUUGAUAAGUUAUUACACGUGGUAAAAACCUACUCACAUUGACUGGAUCUGUCCACUACAUGAAAAAUAAACUGGAUUUUCAUAAUGUUGUCUUAUUGCGUAGUGUCCAAGAUAUUGGUCUGUAAACACAAAUGUGCUUUACUCGCCUUUAUUAAAACAAAAUGUACCAUAUUGAUUAAAGAUGAUUAUUGCUUUUUGAGUUUAGAAAA